AUGGAUAGCCAAGACCCUCCAAACUCUUCUCCCUUCGUUUUCACUCCCACGUCAAUGAUGCAAAACCCUUUGGAGCCUCAAGGCUUGCAUGAUGACAUAGACUGGGUUAGCCUUUUCUCUAGCCAAAACAGUUUCCUUGGGAAUGCCAAGCCCACGAUGGAAUACGCUUCUUCUUCGUCUUCAUCUUCCUCGUCUUCAUCAUCCUUGUCGUGUGCUUUGAUCGCAGAAAACGGUGCUCACGUGGAUGAAAAGAAUGAUAAAGAAAAAAGGAAAGGAAGCAGAGGGAAGAAGACAACACGACCCAGAUUUGCGUUUCAGACUAGAAGUGCAGAUGAUAUUCUGGAUGAUGGUUAUCGCUGGAGGAAGUAUGGGCAGAAAGCUGUGAAGAACAACAUGCAUCCCAGAAGCUACUACCGCUGCACGCAUCAUACAUGUAAUGUGAAGAAACAGGUGCAAAGGUUGUCUAAAGACACAAGCAUAGUGGUGACCACUUACGAGGGUAUUCACAAUCAUCCAUGCGAAAAACUCAUGGAAACCCUAACACCUCUUCUCAAGCAAAUGCAGUUUCUCUCUAGCUUAGGAUCCAAUAACAACACUUCUCCUGCUUCUCUGUUAUAGCCACAACAUGCAUGCAUAUGUGUGUAUAUGUAUUUACACAUACAUGUGAUGUACUUCCAUCUAUAUAAAAAAAAAAAACAAAACCUUCAUCCAUCAAGAACCCUAGUUUCAUUACCUAUAUUUAGUAUCUUAAUUUGAUUUCCAAUUAACUAAUUGCUGUAAUUGAGAUGUACGAUGUAGUU